GCUGCAAGUGAUUGUGAAUAAAAAUAAACAAAUUAUGGAUUAAUUUGAAUUAAAAUAACUUUCAGAAGAUUAAAGAUACUCCAACUUUAUAAUUAAAAACCUUUAAGUCAUUAGUUUGUAACAGCCUCUGUGUCUCGAUUAAAUUAAACUCGUAAUUCACCGCUUCAUCAUGCUUAAAAAAUAAAUAAAGUUAAUUACAAUUGGAAGUGCUUUGAGAGUGUUAAAACGCCUUUUCAGCGUAAUAUUUAAACUUAACUUGUUACAUAAAUCGAUAGCUACAGAAACAUGUCGAUGCCACAUAGCAGCUCGAGCACAAGUUCUAGUACAAAACGCAAGGAAAUAUACAAAUACCAAGCACCAUGGCCCCUGUAUUCAAUGAACUGGUCUGUGCGUCCUGACAAAAGAUUCAGGCUUGCUCUAGGGAGUUUUGUCGAAGAGUACAACAAUAAGGUGCAAAUAAUAUCACUAGAUGAAGAGACAAGUGAAUUCAGUGCUAAAUCAACUUUUGACCACCCAUAUCCCACCACCAAGAUCAUGUGGAUACCCGACAGCAAGGGAGUGUAUCCAGACUUAUUGGCUACCAGUGGCGAUUACCUCCGCAUUUGGCGUGCGGGCGAACCGUACACGCUAUUCGAGUGUGUGCUCAACAACAACAAGAACUCUGACUUCUGCGCGCCGCUCACCUCGUUCGACUGGAACGAGGUCGACCCCAACCUCAUCGGCACCAGCAGCAUCGACACUACGUGCACCAUCUGGGGGCUGGAGACGGGCCAGAUGCUGGGCCGCGUCAACGAGGUCACGGGCCAUGUGAAGACGCAGCUCAUUGCGCACGACAAGGAAGUAUACGACAUAGCGUUCAGCCGCGCGGGGGGCGGGCGCGACAUGUUCGCGUCCGUGGGCGCCGACGGCUCCGUGCGCAUGUUCGACCUGCGGCAUCUGGAGCACUCCACCAUCAUCUAUGAGGACCCGCAACACACGCCGCUGUUGCGGCUGGCGUGGAACAAGCAGGACCCCAACUACCUGGCCACCAUCGCCAUGGACGCGUGCGAGGUCAUCAUCCUCGACGUGCGCGUGCCGUGCACGCCCGUGGCGCGCCUCAACAACCACCGCGCCUGCGUCAACGGCAUCGCCUGGGCGCCGCACAGCUCUUGCCACAUCUGCACCGCGGGCGACGACCACCAGGCCCUGAUAUGGGACAUCCAGCAAAUGCCGCGCGCCAUAGAGGACCCCAUCCUCGCGUACACCGCGGCCGAGGGGGAAGUCAACCAGAUCCAGUGGGGAGCCACGCAGCCAGACUGGAUCGCGAUAUGCUACAACAGGCAUACCGAAAUACUGCGGGUGUAAAACACACGUUCGUCGGACCUAUUUAAUAUUAGUACUUUUUUUAACCGAUUUCAAAAAAGGAGUAGGUUCUUAAUUCGACCGUAUUUGUGCUUUUUUGUUUGUUCGCGGACAACUUCGUCGUUUACGAACGGAUUUUGAUGAUUCCUUUUGCGUUGGAAAGAAGAUAUUUCAAAGGUGGUCCCGUGAUAAGGAGAUCGGGGUUUUGGUGAUGGCAGACCAGAGAAAUCGAAGGGACCUUCCGAAAAUCGUAGGGGCGACUAGUGCGAUUGUAAGUUUAUCAAUUUGUAUUUUAUAUUUUAUUCUGAUGAGAACUUUGCACCCUUUGUAUUUAGGUUAGGUUGUAGUGAAGCUCUGCAGUAGAUCUGAUGCUGGAGACCAUAGGCAGUCGAAGGAAUUUUUUUUUAUUUUACAAGUUAGCCCUUGACUGCAGACUCACCUCAUGGUAGGUGAUGAUGCAGUCUGAAAUGGUAAUGGGGUAACCUGUUUUCAAUAACCUGACAAGGAUCAAUUUAUUUAUUUUUUUAUUCCACAAGUUACUUACUACACUUGACUGUAGACUCACCUGAUGGUAAGUGAUUACGUAGUCUCAGAUAAUAAUGGGUAUGGCUGUUUGAGAGUAUGGCAGUUACAUUAAAACAAUACCCAAAAUCGGAAUGAAAAACAACACUAAGUCAUUAUUUUAAGACUGAAAAUUGUAUAUCUAAAACACUAAAAUUUAAAAAUGCUUUUGUUCUUAUUAAAUUAAAUCUUUAUUAACAAAAUGUACUGCAUUCCCUCGAUUAUAAAAUAAGAUUUGUCUUUUUUUAUUUGCAUUUAUACUUAUGAAUAUUGUGUAUAUGAUGCCUGAAUUUUGAAAAAAAAAAUCCUUUUAAAUUUAAUUUUACAGCAAUAUAGUUCUAGAAAAUAUGUAAAAAGUAUUAAGGUCUGAUCAAACUGAACCGAUCAAAGAAACUAGCUUGCUUGCUUAGCCUUUGCGGACGGGACUAGACGGCUAAACGUCGUUUUAAGUAAAAAAAUGUACACUCGUUAGAAUUUAUACUUCUUUGGCGUAAUAAGAUAAAA